CGGCUCGUUCCCAUUUAUACUGCCCAUGACGGGCGUGCGCUACGAUGUCAAGGCGAUGGAGAUGCAGCUGCCGCCCGUCUCGAACGCGUUCCACUGCUCGGCGUACAAGAUGGCCAUGAGCCACCGCCGCGAGAAGAACUCGCUCUUCCAGCGGUCGCUCAUCGGCAUGGACGGCCUGUAUGAAGUCACGUUCUACGAGCGGGACCUUGGCCUCCGCCUCGACGUCAACGCCAACGGAGACAUCACUGUGCACACGAUCAAGGUGACGCCGGCGCUGCCACCCAAGUCGACCCGCAGCGUGGCGACGACGCCGCGACCGCCAACGUCGAACGCCGACCUCCUCGUGCCUGGCGACAUUCUUGUCUCGGUCGGCUGCAUCGGUGUCCGCCACAGUGACAAGGUGUCGCUGACCGAAGUCGCCGAGCUCAUCCAGGUGCAAGCCCGGCCGAUUCGGCUCGUCUUCGAGUCGCAGGUCGCGCGUGCGCUCCAGGUCCAGCUCCGAGACACGCUUAGUCGGCUCGUGUUUUCGCCGCUGCUGGCGGCGCACUUUGACGUCGGCGCGUCGACGCGCGACCUCGUCUUCCAGACGUCGCUCGAGAUGGUCGUCGACUUCAGCUACAGUCUCUACGCGUGGUUCGACCCGCUCCGUGUCGUGCACGUCAUCCUCUUUGAUGACGUACUCCUCGUCACCGAGGCCAGAGACAAGGGCAAGCCGCGCUCCAAGCUCGUGGUCAAGCACCUCUUUCCGCUGCAGCUGCUCCACGUGCGCGACCUCAUGGCGUCGACCGACUACAUCCCGUCGAGCCUCGAGCUCGUGCACCCGAGCAAGACGUUCACGUUUAUUGCGCGCGACGAACGCGCCAAGAAGGAAGCCCUCGACGCGUUCGGGAUGGCACUCGCGCUUGCGUCCAACGCCAACCCGAGCGCGCGCGGGUGGCAGUACCAGUUUGCCACCGGCUCGGUGCACCAGUGUGCUCUCCGAGGCAACCUCAAGGGCAUCGAGCUCCUCGCCUCGCGCUGCGCUGACCUCGACGAACAGGACGUCAACGGGUGGACUGCCCUCUUUUACGCGGCGGUGCGCAACCACGUCAAGGUCGUCCGACUGCUCGCGCGUCUCGGCGCCAACGUGAACGUCGUCGAUGAGUUUGGUCUCGGCGCGCUCCAUUAUGCGUGCUUGUACCAGUGCCCGUCGAGCGUCGACGCCCUUCUCGACGCCGGCGCCAUGGCCGAGGCCCGCGAUGUGUACGGUCGAAGCCCGCUCUUCCUCUGCGCCAUCAACGAAGACCCGCUGCUUUGCGCACCGCUGCCGGUGGACGUGCGGGCCAUGAGGCUGUGCAUGGAGCUGCUGAUCACGGCGGGCGCGGCGCUCGAGACAACCGACAACGAAGGUCUCUCGGCCCUCGAGCACAAUCUGUGCGUCAACGUGGCCAAGUGCCGCGUCCUCCUUGACGUCGGCAUGCGCCUCGAUACGCUCUACGAAGGGGCCAACAGCAUCUUGCACUUGGCCUGCGACAGCGGUAGCAUGGCGGUCAACUACGACUUGCUUUCGCUGCUGCUCGAGUACGGCGCGCAGCCGAACGCGGUCAAUGCCGAUGGGAAUACGCCGCUGCACCUGCUGUGCCUCCAGUACAUCUGCGACCGAGACGCCGCGCAGUUUCAAGUGGACGCUAUCGUCUUGCGCGCAAUGGAGCUGCUGGUCGCGCAUGGCGCGCGGUUCAACUUGAUGAAUGCCAAUGGCACCAGCGUCGAAAUGCUCCUUGAGGCGCACCAGAUUCCGAUCAGCAUCGGCAAGGCGCUCGUGCUCUGGCAGAGCAAGCGGCGGAUUCUGGCGUCGCCGCGCGUACUCUCGCGCGCCGACGGGCCCAAGCAAGAGCAGAUCGUUUUGCUGCAGAUGCCAACGGCGCCGACACCGCCGACCAAGUGCGGCAUCUGCCACUGGCAGUGCGAGUGGACGCCGUCGUCGACGUUCUUUGAGGCGACCGGAUCGUCGCCGUUGUGGGACGCACCGAGCACGCGCCUCGUCGGGCUCUACAACUGCUCCGUGUGCUUGACGCCGGUCUGCGGUCUCUGCUCGCUCAAGCACCUCGGCGUGUACCACGUGCACACGUCUACGUACCUCGACUUGCCACCGUCGCUGCAGACCAAGCCCGUCUGUGACGGCUGCUACAACUUUGCCUUUUACGACUUGGCGCGAGAAGUGGCGGCGUCGACGACCGAGAUGCCGCCGCUCUCGUCGCGCCGCCGACCGCGCACGCGAUCGCUCCAAGGUCUCCGCCUCUUGUAGCCGUGUCACAAAGAAGCAUCCUCUCGCUUUGUUUCAUAUCCAACUCACUGGACCAGAAAGUCUGAAAUUAUACACUAGAAAUCUGGACAAAACUCGAAUUCUGGUCGCCGAGCC